AACAAGGCGAGUGUUUAUCUUUCGAGCUAGCUGAACUGCUCAGUUUUACAAGAGGAAAUCAUAAAAAUAGCUGAAAUGAUUGGUAUUACGUUUUGACGUAACCUAAUCAUCCCGAAGUGGGAUCCGUAGCAAACCAAGUAGAAGAAGUCAGUCGCUAUCAAAGAGGACGUUUGACAGAUUUCGGAGAGUACACAUGUCGUCUGCGGCAGAGACAGUAGAAAAUGCCUCCAUCAUGUCAGAGAGUGUGGCCCAUGACGGAAACCGCUUGUGGAUAGGCAACAUUGAUCCCAAAAUUACAGAGUAUCACCUGGUGAAGUUGUUGGAGAAGUUUGGCAACGUAAAACAGUUUGACUUCCUGUUCCAUAAAUCUGGGCCUUUGGAGGGACAGCCGCGAGGCUACUGCUUUGUCAACUUCAACACCAGAGAGGAGGCAGAGAGGGCGAUCCAGUGUUUAAAUGGAAAGCUAGCCUUGUCCAAGAAGCUGGUCGUGCGCUGGGCGCACGCACAGAGGUUUGAAGGUUUCCGUAAUGACAAGACGAUGCCUCCUAGCCUGGAGCCGUCAUGCAGCGGGGCAACAGAGGACGGACCCGUAACUACCAACCACCUCAGUACGAGUGCUAAGAUCCGCGCCAUUGAGGCCAAGCUCCAGAUGAUGGAGGAGAAUCCAGAUGAUGACUACUCAGGCCCGUCGGCCUACGUUUACAACAAACCGCCAGAGAGGAAACGCUGGGAGCCCUACUCUAAAUCACACCACAAUAACCAGAGCAGGCCCUUCCGCAAGUUUAGGAGAUGACCCAUCCUCCCCCUCACUCUGGAGCCCCCCCCCCCCCUCCCCCCUCCCCCCCACACCUCAGUACACACAAACAGACUCUACACUAGAAAGACUUUACACAUCCUAUCUGGGAAUAAGGUAACUUUGAGAAUGUGGACUCUUUGGGUGUAAUCACAGCAAUCACAGGCAAAGUGGUUUUAGUUCUUUUUGGGUUACAGUUCUUAUUCAGACUUAACAUUUCCCCCCAGACCUGACUGCUGUGCAGGUUGGAUCCCUUAUCAGUCUGCUUUCUCACUUUUGCAGAGAUUUAAUGCAGGUGAAUCGUACAGCUGUGAGUCACAUGACACACAGCUGCCAGAAAAGAGAAAUGUUAUUGUUUAAAGAGACUAAAAUGUUGAUUCUCUUAUUGUUUUUGACAUGUGUUUUCACUUUUAGAUCAUUAUUUAAAAUAGUUUGUUUCUCUUUAUUCAAGACAUCAGUGAAGAGGCAGAAAUACUCAUACCAGGUUUGUAUUAAUGGAGUUCAAAUGAUAAGCCACUCAGCAACUCUGUAAGUUGCAGUAUUAUUGUGUGAUAUUGCUCCUCCCCGAGUAUUAUUAUUUUUCUUUUUCUUGUUUUUUGGAUCCAAUUUUUAUAUGACUGCAGUCAAACUCUUUUUAUGGCCUUUUUGUGGUGUGUCGAGUUUUUGUAUUUCCCUUACCACAGUCUCUUGAUUUUAAUUUUUCCAAUUAAAGGCUAUUAAAUAUCACAUUGGCAA